GAAGGGGGUUGCGGGGUGGGUUCCGGUGCUCCCGGUACCGGAGCCUCUGACCGUCCGAGCCUCCGAGCUCAGCGUGAGUCCAGGUAAUUCUGGAGCUGUGAUGAAGUACGGCUUCCCCUCUUUGGCCAACAUCAAGUCCAGGGAGUCCUAUGUCACAUCCUACGAUCCUCGCACACGCACUGCAUCCUGGGUAAUAGAGCGGCUGGACCCCGCCUCCCUGAAAGGACCGUCAGACAGGAAGUUCUGCGAGUUCAAAGAGGACGACAGCGUCCACAUCUUCCACAGAGCCACCAACGCCGACUACAGGGGGAGUGGCUUCGACCGCGGCCACCUGGCUGCUGCAGCCAAUCACAAGUGGAGUCAAAAGGCCAUGGAAGACACCUUCUACCUGAGCAACGUGGCUCCACAGAACCCUAACCUGAACCAGAACACGUGGAACAAUCUGGAGAAGCUGUGCCGCUCCCUGACCAAACACUACCUCAACGUGUAUGUGUGCACUGGGCCGCUCUACCUGCCCAGGCAGGAAGAUGAUGGGAAGCUGUACGUGAAGUACCAGGUGAUUGGGCGGAAUCACGUUGCCGUGCCUACACAUUUCUUCAAGGUGCUGAUUCUGGAGCAGACCGACGGCAAGGGGGUGGAGCUUCGCUCCUACGUUCUCCCAAAUGAACCCAUCGAUGAGAAGGUUCCUCUUGAACGUUUCCUGGUUCCAAUAGAAACCAUUGAGCGUGCGUCUGGACUCCUGUUUGUCCCAAACAUCAUGAGGAGGACCGGCAAGCUGCAGGCUAUCAGCAAUAAGUGAACUACAGUACCCACAAUCCCCUGCUGCACUCACUAAGCAUGGAGGCCCAUUCUUGGACUUGUUUCUUAUUAAAGUCAUCUGAUUGAAA